CCAAGACGGUGCCUGCGGGAACCCGGUAUUGGUUGAUGGAGAAGUUCCAUCCAGUCGUUCGUUCUUAACGGGAGAUAUCGUCAUGACCUUAGAGCCAUGGAUCUGGGCUAUGUCGAGCUUGGCGGCUUACAAAGUCCACUGUGCCUACUGUUUUUCCGUCGGCAAGAAACUGCUAGUGUGCUCAGAAUGUAAGCUGCAUCAGUACUGCAGCAAGUUUUGUCAGACAGCCGACUGGAAAGCGGAGCAUAAGAAGGAUUGCGCCGGUAUCAAAGUAGUGAUUAAAUUCCACAAAUCAGAGACUGAUCAUAAAGAGACUGCUACUAAUGGCUGUUAUGACACAUUCCCUUGCUGUACCGUCAUGAUCGCCAAGAUGGUGCGGAGAAUCCAGCUAAAUGUGGUAGAAGCGCUGCCUGGGUUGGAAAAAAUGUCAGCCAGCGAUGUUCUGAGUCUGUUCCCCGAAAGUCCUAACACCAAGGUCGCCUCUACGAAGAACGAAGCUCUGCUCUUUAUAUUGCCGGGUAAUACGGGGAUCUUCAUGGUGACCGAUGCUCAUAGUGAGAGAAAAAUGGUUCACGAUUUGGCGACUAUGCUCGGCACGACACCAACGGACUUCUUGAAAUAUAUGAAAAUUAUUUGUCACAAUAACUUUUUCAUGGUGGACAAAGUCAGACCACAUCGGCCGGACGUCAUUGCUCUCUUCCCUCAAGCGCCGCGUUACGCCAUGACCCCGGUAUGCUGGGACGUCAAUGUGACUAUGCAUGUACAAGGAAGGCACAUGGCUAUUAUUGCUACCGAGGAUAUUCCCAGCUAUACGGGCCUCCAUGAUCUUCGUUGCAACGAAUAUGGGCCCAGACCCCGGAAUGAUCCGUACACUAUGACGCGAGAACAACGCCGUGACCUUUUGAACUGCAGUACCAACGUCCUUGCGAAUGCGGGAAAUGCACAGCAAACUACGAAGCGGAAAUUAACCCGAUAAAGUGCGCCACCGCUGGAUGCAGCGAGCGACUUCCCAGUGAUGAACGAGCGCUAGAACCUUGUCCACAAUGCGGCGCACUGAAUAUUGAGCGGCUGGAGCUGUAUCGUAGUUUCGCAACAAGAUACGAGAAGAUUCGCAAUCCAGAAGCACCCGAGGUCACCCGGCUAUCCCACGAGAUGGAUGCUGCUGGUAUCCUUCAUCCCGAUGCACAUCUGCGUUAUGUCUGUGGUUGGCACCGAGCGCGUCAGUACGCGGACAACAAGCGUCGCUUAGAAGAAGGCUGGAAAAUGCUGCAGGAUUUCAGCGCUUGUAUUCGGUAAAUGCAGUGAUCGACCAAAUUGAAAUAACAAGCCAACUUUAAUAGAAUAAGUAUAUUUUAGUAACAUUUAUCCGAAAUACAAUACUGAUCGCGCGUAUAACUUGGAAUGGAUAGCGGCAGCAGCUGAGAAUGUUCUAUCGAAUAAAACCAACCAUGCAAACGUUCGUUCAGCGCAUCGCGAUCAAAAACUCAGAAUGGAAUCCGAUUUUGUGGACACUCUCGACAAGAUGCACGGGUGCCACAUGGAAACGGCUCAUAUCCUGGGUAAGAUUGCCCCGGACUCUGAAUCGGCUAAAAAUGCCGCUGCAAGGUUGGAGACCGAGACGUGGUUCGAUUUCGAGAAAGAAUCAACUCCUGAAAACGAUGCUAUGGCCCAAAACCAGCUUAAUGAAGAUGGGAAGGAUAACCUCGGAUAGUACUCGUACGUAAUGUAGCAGUUGGGCCGACUUGAAUUAGUUAACGAACAGUUUUAUUGGUUUUUAACCAGUACUUGUGAAAGUGUUAUACAGUAACUCCUGAUGUACGUACUGUAAAUAUGUAGUUCAUAAACCACUACUUUCUGCUACGCGACAAGGCGUUAUUGCCUUUUCAUUGGAAAGGAUUGUUUGUUAUAACCAAUUUCCAAUCUCAUUCGUUUUCCUCACGGUGUGUCGUCAAAUAUACCGUCCUUGUCAUAUAACUUA